UCCCCGGGAGGGCGGGCUAGGAGGCGGGGCUGGCUGUUGGAGGCAGGUUCGGGCCUUGAGCUCCGCGUCUCCAGGUGCUGCGCGCUGUCUGUCGCAGGCGACCUGCGCAGCGGCGCCUUCCCCGCCGGCGUGGAAGACCCUGUAUCUCCAGGUGCUAGGACUCGGGCCCAGGCCACAGCAAGGGACUGCGCGUCUUGCCGUUCCGAGUCCCUGGCCUGACACCCUGUUUGGGCGCCAAGAUUCCAAUCCCAUUCUCCUUCCCCACCAAGUCACUCCUGUAGGUGAGUCCAGUGACCUCAGGGCUUCCAAAAGAUUGGGACUGAGUCUCUUCUGAAUGUCUACUCAAAGGUGUCUGGAACUUGAGAUUUCCGAAGAGCUUCACUAAAGGACUCCAAAUCACCAGCCUCUGUGCAUUCUUCUCUGCAAAUCUAAAGACUCCUUUCCCAUCUCCUCAAACUCACUACUCCUCAAGGUGUCAUGGUCUCCAAACCCAGGAGUGAAUGGAGCACUGUCCUGUCCCACCUGGUGCUGGCAGGGGUGUCUCUGCAUGCGGCGGUGAGCUCUGUACAGUGCACUAACGGUCACUUGAUGUGCGCUGGCUGUUUUAUCCACCUACUAGCAGAUGCCCGGCUGAAGGAGGAGCAGGCCACGUGUCCCAACUGUCGCUGUGAGAUCAGUAAGAGCCUCUGCUGCCGGAACCUGGCUGUGGAGAAAGCUGUGAGCGAGCUGCCUUCAGAGUGUGGCUUCUGUCUGCGUCAGUUCCCUCGCUCCCUCCUAGAGAGGCACCAGAAAGAGGAAUGCCAGGACAGGGUGACACAGUGCAAGUACAAGCGUAUUGGCUGCCCAUGGCAUGGCCCUUUCCAUGAGCUGACAGUGCACGAAGCUGCAUGUGCCCACCCAACCAAGACAGGCAAUGAGCUGAUGGAGAUCCUGGAUGAGAUGGACCAGAGCCACCGCAAGGAGAUGCAGCUCUACAACAGCAUCUUCAGCCUGCUCAGCUUUGAAAAGAUCGGGUACACAGAGGUUCAGUUCCGGCCUUAUCGCACUGAUGACUUCAUCACACGCCUGUACUAUGAAACACCACGGUUCACAGUAUUGAACCAGACAUGGGUCCUGAAGGCUCGUGUGAAUGACUCGGAGCGCAACCCCAACCUGUCAUGCAAGCGCACACUUUCCUUCCAGCUACUCCUCAAGAGCAAAGUCACAGCGCCCCUGGAAUGCUCUUUCCUUCUGCUCAAGGGGCCGUACGAUGAUGUGAGGAUCAGUCCUGUCAUCUACCACUUUGUCUUCACCAAUGAGAGCAACGAGACAGACUAUGUGCCGCUGCCCAUCAUCGACUCCGUGGAGUGCAACAAGCUGCUGGCCGCCAAGAACAUUAACCUGCGGCUCUUCCUGUUCCAGAUACAGAAGUAGGAUGGGCCCCGGACACCUGAGGAGCAGAGGGCUGCAGUCCAGUAGUGCUGUCCCACCCAUCCCUGGCUUGGCAGCAGCUUCACACAACUAUCUGAUCGUUUUAGCAAAGGAGGAGAACAAACAAAAUCAAACACUGAGAAAGUCUGCAUGCGUGUGCAACGGGGUCCCUGCCUCUGGCUCACCUUCCUCCCCUUUGCCUCCCACCUCCUGCAGGCAGCCAGAGGCUGGGCUGACCACAGUGGAAACAGUACUCUGGGCUCCUCAGGUACAGGUGGCAAGGAGGGCAAGAAGCCGACCACCCUUACCCCAGCUCCCAUCCUCACAUCGAGGUGGCACGGUGGUUCCCUGGCCGGGCUCAGGGUCCCUGGCUGACUUCAGACAGCAUAUUUGAUUGCAAUUAAAAAGGCAGCCUUGUUUCCUA